AUGAUCACGGAACAGUUUCCUGAGCUCUCAUUGCUGCAGCACAUCAUAUUAUUAAUUAUCAUCUCUAUCAUUGCUCGGAUUACAUACGUUGAAAUCAAGCACAGCGUGCUGCGUGGCAUUCCGGGACCAUUAAUAGCUAGAUACACGAAUGCAUGGCGAUGCUACCUGGCUUGGAAAUACAGUGAACGACCCGGCGGUGUCACGUAUCAUGAGGUUAUUCACAAGAAGUACGGAGAUGUGGUUCGAGUAGGGCCCAGAACAGUCUUCAUCAAUGAUCCUGCUGCUAUCCCAGUGGUCCUUGGAUUCAAAGAUCGUCUCGAGAAGACUGAUUCUGUUAUUCCGUUCAUGCAACCAGGCAAGCCAACUUCGAUUGUUGGAAUCCGAAAUGAACAAAAACAUGCCGCCUACCGCCGUCCUAUACAGGGUGCCUAUUCAUUGUCAAGUUUGAAGCUUUACGAACCGGCUAUCGACGACAUGAUUAACGAACUGACGGGUAUCUUUGAUGAGAAGAGUGAAAAUAAAAGCGUCAUCAAUGUUACAGAAUGGUGUCAUUUUUUUGCUUACGAUACAAUCAUGAACAUCACGUUUGGAUCACCAUUGGGUUUCUCGACAAUGCUAAAGAUAUAUGCAAAGUCCCGAUAUCCAGAGGUAGUAGAUGACACACAAAUCCGCCUCUACUGUGCUACAAACUCAUUGGCUGGAUCUCUGAGCCCGUCGCGUGUGCUCGACAGCGUGCUAUCAUGGCUAGCGCAGCAUCCACAAGAACAGAAUCGUCUCUACGAGGAAAUUGUACGGAACACCAAAAGCUUCCCCGUCUCAUUAGAUGACACUGCCAAUAUGCCAUAUCUAGAAGGGGUGAUUAGAGAAGGGUACCGACUACAUCAUGGUGGCGAUAUCGCUAUUGAGCGUAAAGUAGGCCCUAAUGGUGCUACCCUUCCGGAUGGACGAUUUAUCCCAGUGGGCUACGAUAUCGCUAUGAGUAGCCCAUCUAUUCGUGUCUGUGCAGCAUUUGGAGAUGAGCCCCACAUUUUCAAACCAGAACGAUGGAUGAGGGCUGAUGGGGAGGAUAUUGAUGACUGGAAAGCUCGCCGGACAUGCAUGGACAAGGCCGACUUGACCUUCAGUCAGGGCUCACGGGCUUUUAUUGGCAAGAGCUUCACGCAUCUAGAAUUGUUUAAAGUCGUUGCAUCAGUCAUGGGUCAAUAUAAGCUUGAACUUGCUGGUACUCCAAAGCGCUUUAUAGUUCCUGUUCAACUUUCUAAGCGGCCAAAAAUAUCCAAGGAUGUAUAUCCUGGUGAUCGGACGGUUGCAGCUGCAUCACGCCUCCGUGCACAGCAUAAUGUCUCCAAGGCAGCACUGGGCGGGCUUGUGCUAGCUCCAAUUGAUCUCAAAACACCUCGUCUCCGAAUACUUGACUGCGGUACCGCGGACGGUUAUUGGUUGUAUGACCUGUCGAAAGAAGUUGAUUCGUCCUCAACUCUCGUUGGAACGGAUAUUGCAUCAUUUCCAUCAAACUCAUUCGUAAUGCCAGACAAUAUGACACUAUUCAUACAAUCUUAUAAAGAUUCUUGGCCAGCGUCUUGGCAGAGUUCCUUCGAUAUAGUCCAUAUGCGCUUCUGUGUUGCUGGACUGGCCGAUCCUGCAGAGGCAGAGAUGGCUGUAGACCGACUCAUCAAUCUUGUAAAACCCGGGGGGUGGAUACAACUCGUCGAUAGCACAUUGUUAACUGGAGAUAUUGUGGAUGAUGACAAACCCAGUGCAAAAUUGUUCAAGUCUAUGGCACACAUGCUGAAACAUAGAGGCCAAGAUACCAACGCCGGGGUUCGGAUCAAGCCACUCUUAGUCAACUCGGGCAGAUUAUCGGAUAUUCAAAGCAGGAAAGUUGUCGCGAAGCUGGGCAAGGGUGCGUCAACUAAUGAAUUGGCUAAUGAUGGAGUUCAUAACUUGGUCAAGAUGGUGGAUACACUGAAACCAAAACUAGAGGGUCUGUUGUCUGUUGUUUCUCGACUUUUGCAAGUCCUUCUCACUAACGAUAAUACCAGAUCUGAAAGAUUGGCCUAUAACUCCAGCGAAUCUUGA